UCGCAACGGGUCGGGUGUUCAAUUCAAUUACAUAUUUAUUAUACUUAGAAUUAUGAGAUAUUUAUAAAAUCAGCAGUCCUUUAAGAUGCUGAAACGGUUUCCGCAUAGUGUUAAAAGCGUAAAGCUAUAUUUUAUUCAUUUUAUCUCAAUUCCUUUUAAGUUCACUUUUGCAUACGAUGUUCUUUAGAAUCGAUAACCCAAUUUUGUAGCUGGUGAACAUAAAGACUGAUUGUGGUUAAAUAUCAUAUCAUGCCCUUGUGAUAGAUUGUUCUCCAUGUUUUAAAUCGACCACAAGUCACAAAUCAUGUUAUUUACACCGAUUUAUAUCGCAAUGACGUUCAUAAAGACCUGGCGUAUUAGAUCUUUUCGAUCUCGCCUUUUAGAAUUUUUGAGUGGAAAUACCAGUGUUGCAUUUUGCAAAGUUCCAGAAAAUGCUGCAGAAACUCCCACCUUAAGUUCCAAAUUGUGUACAAAUCCCAAGAAUGCCUACUUAUGUGAUUUACUUGACUAUACCAACGCCUCUCGGAUAUGUAGUAUGAAACCAACACAAUGUAUAGAGAUAAAUGACUGGGUGUCAUGUGCUGGAGGUUUACCGUUAGGCUCCAAUGAUACUUCAGAAGUCACCGAUGUUGAUAUUGAAGUACUAUUUGAAUGUGAAAUGGACCCACAUGAGGAAAGCUCUUAUUAUGAUAUCAUAUCAUUGGAGUCAAUGGGUCAACCAAUAGCGUGGAAAGCUGGAUCACACUUAGCAAUUGUAUUAAAAACGAAUAUUGAACAUCUUAGCCUUGUUGGGUUCCAUUUUGUUGGUGGUGAAUUUAUUAUUGAUCAUAAGCUGCCAGUUGUAAGAAUUCAAACUGUACAACUAUCCGGAGAACCUAACAAAGCAACUGAUUUAUCAAUGAGAGGACUGCGGAGUGAUAUCCAACACAGCCUCAAAUUACCUAAUGAACAAUUUCAAUGGCCAGUCCAUGCAUCCCUCUUGAGAAAAUUAUCAAAAGUAGUAGAUAUCAAAUCAGAUAGAAGUGUUACUGUCGAAAUGAAUGGUGGCAGUGAACAAGUAGAUACUAUACCUAUAAGUAGAAGAAAUGUUAUGUUAACUGAUGCUGGCACAAUCACUACUAAGUCACUCUCGGGGGAAGAAGAAGAGCCUCCCGUAAUUGCAAAAACUCAGGACACAGAACAUAAGACUCCAGAGAAAUCGCCAAACAAAGCACAAGAGCAGAAAGUGGAACCAGAUAACGAAUUAGUAGUGGAAAAUGUUACUGUAGAAAUACAACAUAAUAUAACACCGAAAAAGUCGAGUUUGAAACUCGACUUGAAGAAAGGGACGAGUCAACUUUCAACAUCGCUUUUAAACAUAUCUAGUCAAAUUAAAUCAAUAACAACACAUAAGAGGAUAGUUAGUACUACAGGGCCCAAGAAGCAACAGCCUCCUCCCCCGGUUGAAUCCUGUUCUACAGUAAAAGAGGAAUUGCAAAAGAGUUCUCCCUCUCAAAUGACGCCGAAGUCAAUGAAAAGUUCCCGUCCAUUAGUUAAUACGAAAUCACCAAAUGUUUUGAUAUAUUCAGACAGUGUUGUAGCUAGAGAUAAUUUGGAAGCAUCUUUAAAGAAAGUUUUAGAUUGUAAUAGGUACACAGUAUACAGUGUGUCCCGGGACACACUAUGCGCAGGCGCAUGGCGGGGUCGGGCUGCCUUAGUGGCAGUGGCCGGAUGCGCCGGCCGAGCCGCGCCGCUCCUGCUAGCGCAUCUCUUGGACGGCGGCAGACUUUUGGCGCUCUGCUCCGAUCUACUGCAUACAGUGUUGCCGCAUUACAAAACUGCUGAGAUCAGGGAAAAUGAAGUAGUCCAGUUUUCGUACGAUAAAUGGAAGUCGGUUAAAAUGAAACAUCACAUAUUCUGCUAUCAAGCAUCUCCGGCCAAAAAACAGUUUUCUACUGAGAGCGAUAGACAGCCAUCCAAAUACACUGGUCAUCCAGGACACGAAUUGGACAUUCAAGUUCUGGCGUCGGAAGAGACUUGGCGAACUCCGUCCUUAUUACAAGCUACAGACUUUACUAAUAACGGAAUUGCUAUAUUUUCACAGAUACAUCUAGAAGCAGACCCGAGCGAUUAUCUCGGCGAAGAAGGUAUAAGAAGCAACGAAGCCAGGCUGGAAAUCCUACACAAGAUCCUGGGUGAUAUCUUAGGUCUCCACGUCAAAGACCCUAAAGAAAUAACUCAAGUGGACUAUACUCGGGCAUUCUUCCUCGGAGACCAUGUGCACAAAUUAUCGCUAGUAGAGGGUUGGUGUCCAUCGGAGGAAGGCAAGAGGGUGCAGAAGGUUGGAGACUUAACUUUACAGUGGUGUAUGCGGGGGGAGGAGCCAGUAGAACAACCUUCCGAAAACUUCCUACCAGUUUAUUUGUACGAAUGCCCUGAAAAUUUUUCGACCGUGGAAUAUUUCGAUAAUCUAACAUCGACCAGCUUGGGCCGCAUAGUGAUAUACGCGGAUGUGAUGUCAUCAACCCAGCUUGUGGUUGAAGGCCAACUGUCUCAUGGUGCUGGUGCGGUUGCGCGUGCGCAGACCGCAGGGCGAGGUCGAGCCACAAAUCAUUGGAUCUCACCAAUUGGACAAGCUGUCAUGUCUCUGCAGGUGUGGCAGAAAAUGAGUCCCACAAUCCCACUAGUACAGCACGCAACCGCGCUCGCAGUAGUGCGUGCGAUCCGCGCCGACCCUGCGUAUGAACAUUUCGAUAUCAGAAUCAAAUGGCCAAACGACAUAUACUAUGGACGUGAUAUGAAAAUCGGUGGAAUAAUUACCACGGCAAAUUGUAUAGGAGACGAUGUGAUCAUCAAUAUAGGAACCGGUGUAAACAUAUCAAACAGUGUGCCAACUACGUGUGUAAACGACAUAAUUAAUGAAUACAACACUAAGCACGGCACAUCACUAGCGCCGAUAUCGAUAGAGAAGUUCCUAGCUCGGUACUGCUCUGAGCUGGAACAAAUAUUAGAUCAUAUGAAUACUGAGGGCGGUGUGGACUCAUUUCUGAAACAUUAUUAUCAAUACUGGUUGCAUGAUGACGAAGAAAUCCGCGUGCAGACACAAGACGCGAAAAGUCCAGUGAGUGGAACCAUCAGUGGGUUAGACGAAUACGGUUGGUUGCUGGUUCGCACUGAACAAGGCGAAUUACGUUUGCAGCCCGAUGGCAACACCUUUGAUAUCAUGAGCGGACUUAUUGCACCUAAAAUGUAGGCCAAUGCGAAAAAAAUGUCAUAAUUUCUUUAAAUGAUGACCUCCACCGCCGAUAUAAUAAUUAUUGAUGGCAACACUUUCAAUACUAUGAGUCGACUUCGUGCACCUAAAAUAUAAUCCACUACGAACAUUUUGACAUAUUUUCUUUAAUUAAUAUUGAUGGCAAUACCAUUAGUGGAUUUCUUGCUAGUGUUUCCAACGAUACCUUUAAUUGAUGUCGAUGGUAACACCUACGAUUUCAAAAGCUCUCAAUAUGUACAUUGAAAUUAAGUUAUUUCUUGUAUUUCCUCCUCUUUCCCCGUUAUAAUGUUAACAGCUACAGUCUGUAGACACAACAUUUCUAUAUGUUAAAUUAAUAUAAUUUCGAAAAUAUUCACAAAUACUCGAUUUCAACCGACGUCCCAAAAACGAAGGAAUUCCUCAAUUCGACUGUAAUUUUUUUUUGGUUUGUUCCUCGAUAAGUCCUCCCUUAAUUUUCAACCGAUUGUGUGUGUUGUGUGUGAUUCUUUAUGUGUUUGCUAGGGAAUUUAUGUCUUGGUUCAAUUUUAGAAUUUCGAGUGGUACCUUCUUUCCCAGGGACGUCGGUGACUUUUUUGUAAAAAAAAUAUUAUCGUUAGAUUCGUUUUCUUCUCUAAAGUUAAAGUCAGUUUUAUAAUGCAUUGUGUUAAUGUUCAAGUUUAGUAAUCCUUAUUAUUGGUUAAUCGUUAUUUUAUAGGUUUUACCUAAAUUAUACUUUUAAGUUCUUUGUGAUAUUUUCAGGGUAUGUAAUAUCGUUACAUUAUUAUAUGGUAAUUGUCAUAAGUUUCGUUAUACAAUUCGACAUUAAAUUAUUUAAAAAAUUGGUGGAAAAACUGGUCUGGAUCAAGGUAUUUUAGAAGGAUUUUAAUUCGGUGAAGGUAAUAACGUCUUAGUACUAAAGAAAUCAUCUUUUUGAUUUAUUUUAACUUACCUUUGCACUGAAAUCGAAACCAAAGAGUAUUUGCUAUAAAGCAAGCCUACCCACAUUUGGGAUAAAAACACGGUUGAUAAACGCGUAGGUUGUGUUGUAAAGACGGUAGUAUUAGUCUUAAACUAGUUAUAAGUUUACAAUAAUUGGCAAACGCACGAUAUAUGGUCACCAACUCUCUUCUUUGUAUUUGUUUUUAUUAUUAGUCACUUUCGUUAAAUAUCAAUGUAAUACGUACCGAAUGUUUAAUUAUAAAUUUAUAUUAUGUGACAUACAAAAUAAGCAUUAUAUAUUACUGUUGUUAAUUCAUUCACAUCUAUUUUAUAAAGUAAAUAAUAUUAUAGUACCUGCAUUAUCUUUAUUAAUAGUUAUGUCUUAAUAGAAGUUUUUAAGAUAAAAUCAUUUAUGUAAGAAGUGGUUUGUGUAACUUAGGUAAACCUGAUUGCAUUACAUAUAUAGGUGUAUACAUAAUAUACAGGUGUCACAUAUAUGAGAUAAAUGUACAACGAUCGAAGGAACGUAUAGUUUUCCAUACGCAGAUUACUUAUAAAAUACUAAUAGCAUCCCCAAAGCAUUUAUUUUACUAUUUUAUAAGUUCUUAUAACUCCCCCCUAAUUGACAAUAUGAUGGACCCGUACGACACACGUACGCGCGCUUACGUUUAAGAAUAUAUUUUCGUAGACACAAUGCAUUAGCGUCGCGGUAAGUGGCAGCUGCGUGAAACUAGUCUAAUCUAGUAUUGUUUUUGCGUCGUUCUGUUUUUGUAUUUUUGAAGUGAAACUUCUUUAGAAUCGUUGUGAUUUCAAACCCGAUGCAGCGGAAAAAACGACAGGUAAGAGAGACACAAAUACAAAAAUGUGUAGAAUGAU